GAAAGAAAAAAGUUUGUAUCAGUUUGUGAUAGCUGGCUGGCUCAGUGUAGUGCGUGAGGGAACAGUGGAAGAUGGCGCAGCAGCGCUGCUCUGCCACGUCUCGAAACACAGAGAAUCUCAGGACUGUUUUCAGGGCUUGGACAUAUCUUUUCACUUCGCUUUUGCUGCUCUCUGUGACCGCUAAAGCCGGGCUCUAUACCCCGACUGAUCAGAUCGUUCUGUUAAGUCCUGACAACAUCGACUCCGUGAUAUUUAACUCUUCCCGCUCCCUCCUGGUAGAGUUUUACGCUUCUUGGUGUGGGCACUGCAUUGCCUUCUCUCCUACCUGGAAAGGUUUGGCGAGAGACAUUAAAGAAUGGAAGCCUGCUGUGGACCUUGCAGCCAUGGACUGUGCGGAGAGAAGAAAUAGGGAGACCUGCUACAAUUAUAAUAUACAAGGAUACCCCACCAUAAAGUUCUUCCAGGCUUUCUCAAAGAGAGGUUCAAAAGGGCUGCAUAUCAGAGAUGUCCCCCAUGAUGUAAAGACACUGCGCCAGGGAAUCGUCAACCUCUUGGAGUCAAAUGUGGAGGCCUGGCCUCCUGCCUGUCCUCCCCUUGAGCCUGCCAGUGAGGUGGAGAUUGACAACUUUUUUGAUUCCAACAAUGUGGAAUACUUGGCUCUCAUCUUUGAGACAGCAGAUUCCUAUGUGGGACGAGAGGUAACGCUGGACUUGCUGCAGUAUGAGAACAUUGCGGUGAGGAGGGUGCUGAGCAGUGAGCAGGGCCUGGUCUCCCGAAUGAGGGUCACAGACUUCCCCUCAUGCUACCUGUACUAUGCCAAUGGGAACUACACCAGGGUCACGGUGAACAUAGAGGCCCGUUCCUUUUACUCUUAUGCCCUCCAGAAGUUACCCAGGGUGGCUCGGGCAGGGAAACCUCAGGGCGCGAACGACAGUCACAGCAAAAGCACCGUGGAUCGCGAGUGGAGGGAGUUUAACAGGUCGCGGGUGUAUAUGGCAGAUCUGGAGUCAGCGCUGCAUUAUUCUCUGCGAGUGGAGGUGGCAGCUUACCCAGAGAUCAGAGGAGAAGCUCUCAGCGCUCUCAAGCUCUAUAUCUCUGUGCUGGCCAAGUAUUUCCCUGGCCGUCCAGUGGUCAUGAACCUGCUGCAGGCUCUGGACAGCUGGCUGACGGAUUACAAGGAAUUUAAGGUGUCUUACUCUUCUAUCAAGGCAGUGCUAGACAACGCAGGGGAGGUUCCCAACGCGGUUCUUCCUAAUGAGGAGAAGUGGGUGGGGUGUCAGGGGUCACAGCCACAUUACAGAGGUUACCCCUGCUCUGUGUGGACACUUUUCCAUCUGCUUACAGUCCAAGCUGCAGAGAGCACGUCCUCUUCAGACCCCCUGGAUGUUCUCAAGGCCAUGAGGAGCUACGUGAAGAACUUCUUUGGCUGCCGAGAGUGUGCCACGCACUUUGAGAGCAUGGCAGAAGACAGCAUGGGCGAAGUGACUAACCGCACCACAUCUGUGCUCUGGCUGUGGGCACGGCAUAAUCAGGUCAACAGCCGCCUGGCAGGUGCUCUAAGUGAGGAUCCCCAGUUCCCCAAGAUCCAGUGGCCGCCUCCGGACAUGUGCCCCCAAUGUCACAGUGUGACAGGUGGCGAGCACGAAUGGAAGCAGGGAGCUGUGCUGGACUUCUUGAGGAGCCACUUCGCAGCGGACAGGAUACUGCGGGACCACCUGGAGGGAGAGGCGGUGCUGCUGGCCAAGCAGGCCGAGACGCAGGCAGGCCAGCAGGAGGCAGAGAAGGCAGUCAGGGGACCCGGGAGGAGAGCCAGGGAGGCAGGGGAGACAGUGGGGGAGGAGGAAGAAGAGACUCAGGAGGGUCCGGUAGAGCAGCAACAGGAGGAGGAGGAAGAUCUGGAGGAGCAGAUGGCAGCUGGCAAGCCAGGGAGGGAGAGAGCAGAAGCAGACCAACAGUGGGGGCACAUCAGUCCAUCCAGAAACCCCAAGCCCAGCAUCGUGGGCCUGAGGCGGCAGAAAGCAAGGGGAGAGGACAUUGUGGAUUUGGACUCUUUCAUCAACCAGCACUAUAAGAUGAGAGCCGUCCGUGAUGCAGCCGCUGCUGUGGCUGUCCUAGAGAGAAACAUCCGGAAGGCAGAGGAGAGGCUGUGGGCGCCCCGUCUGCAGCCCAAGGAGCCCCAAGACUACGUGGCUAUACGGAAGAAGCGGGACCUGGCCGGGCAGUACGUGGGAGUUGAGGGAGCAGAGCUGGAGGCCCAGGAGAAGCACUGGAUCUCCCUGCUGAGUCUAGGCUUCUCUCGGCUAGACAUUAGCCUCUGUGUCCUGUUAUACUGCCUCUCCUCCUUGUGCCUGCUGGCCAUGUACCUGUACUUCAAGAUGAAGCUGCGCCUGCGAAGGGGCAAGAUGGCUCUGCCCUGACUUGAGGGGCAGCCCUUUCUGCCCGUUUGAAGGUCUGUUGGCCAACACCACCACUCUGGAGUCAUGAAUAUAACACAGUGGUGGGACACCUUGGUCUUGGAGCGAGGGUUCCCAACUGCUUAAAACCUGGAAUCAUCCUUAUUUUGAUUAAGAAAGCAAAUGGUUGAGUUAACUGCAGUAACUAAGAGAUAACAUAGAACAAAAACUAGAAGCCUUCAGAGACCAAGCUUGCCCACCACUGAAGUAAGGAAUCAGAUGAAGGGCCAAACCUGCUUCAUUUAGGACCCGUUAAAAUGUGUUGCAUUUUAAUUUUUUUCCUUCUAUAUUCAAACAACUGACUUUGAUUUUUUUAAGUAAUCAGUGCAUAAUAAAAUGUCUAAAAAUGGUUCUUAAGAUCACAUGGACGGCACAGCUUGUUUGCAAAAUCACACCCCUCAAACGUGCCGUAGUUCACACAUAAGAGAAUUUGACUGCAUUUCCAUCCUGAAUGAUUUUAAUCCAUGUGUUCUGAAAGAAUGAACAUCCAAAAUAUAAAAUAUAUUCUUAAUCUGAGGAAAGAUGUAAUCAUUUGUAUUGGAUAGCCUUACUUACAUUAAUGGUAUUACCUGCCCAAGAUAAAGUAAAGGUUAGGCAGAGGUUAUUUAUUAUUUUGGGGAAAAGUUGCCAAUUCAAAUUAUGGAGAAAUAAAACAAAACAAAUUGCACUAGAAAGAUUUAUUGUGGUGAUACUCUCAAGCAUGUUUGUGCCUUCUUAUGAUGUCUUCUUAUUUUAUUGGAGCUGCAGUUACACUAAUAAUUGAUUAUGCAGAAGAUGACUACCCUCAAUAUCAUUGAAGAAGAAAGAAAAGGAGUUGUGUAUUCCAUAUAGAUAAUACCAUUUAAAAAGUAGAUAAAGCAUUUUUAGAAGGAAAAAUUAUUUUAUUAAAACAUAUUGGUGAUUUACUGAAUUAACUGAAUUAUAGGUUUUGUUUCAGGGAAUGUUGAUUUGAAUAUCUGAAUCUGACUCCCAUGCCUAAAGCAUGCAGUAAUUCACACUUCAAAUCAUUAGGCAUACUGUACACUAUUUCUCAAACUUCAGCUGAAAGUAAAUAUUACUACAGGAUUUAAGGUCACUAUGGUAGAAAAAAGAAGUUAAAGAAUAGUUAGGUUAAAGAAACAAAAUUGGUUCCUACUGUUUUUGUGACAUUUGCAUGUGGCUGUGCCAAUGUCAAUGAGAAGUUCAACUGACUGGAAAGUUGCACAUGUCCUGUUAACAGUUUAUAGGCAACUCGUUGUAAAAUAACAGCUUAACAAGGUUUCCUUAACAAGGUUUUUGGUGCUUAUUAGUGAUCAGGUGAUGUUCCAUUAGUGAUUAUUUUAAGCCAGUUUAUUUUAUUAUGAGCACAAAAAAUGAUUACCACUGUUUUUUUCAUCUGUAAUUCGAACAGAGUUGACAGGUGACCCUGAUUGCUCUUACAACAUUUGGCUUGCAUUUAAUUCCUCCAAUUAUAUAAUUUAGCAACAAGUGCAGUUCUUUUGUGCUUUUGCUAUUUUUGUGUAGUAGUUGAACAAAAGAUUGGAUGACAGAUAUUGUGUCAAUAUGAAAUAGCCAUUUAGGCAGCUUCUUUUAUUUUAUUUUUUAAUGAUUGGUUGAAAGCAUCCAAAUCCCAAGAGCUGAAUUCACUUUCUGUUUGUGAAAAUGCGGAGACCACUUAAAAAAUAAUGAAUUGAAGUUCAAAGAGAAUCUGGAAACAAUGAAUGUUAAGAAUUGAAAGUCAGUUUGCAUGUCUUCAUCAUCCCGUCCAGCAUUUGUGAACUAUUGUUCCAGGUUAGUUUUGAAGGAUUCAUGGCUUGAAAUGCAUUUGGCAGAAGAUGUACAGUGAAGCAUUGCUACUGUAAAAGGCCAGUAGAGACACUCAUAGUGCUUCUGCAGUGGUCUAAAUUGUCAGCCUGCCAGGGCAUAAACUCUGCUAAAAUGCACACCAAGUCUAUGCCAGCCAAGGUGGCACUGAGAUGUGUUGCUCUUGUUCUGAAGAGUCAUUUGGUUUUUACGAAUCCUUUAAAAGACCUAAAAUGAUAUUUUGCAAGUGACACAGGGUAUGUAAACAUUUAUGUGGAAACUUUAGUUGUUUAACAGUAGUCUUUUGAUUACCAUCUGCUGAUCAUCUUGUUCAAAUCUGUUCUGAACACUGGUUGUUGAAUCUGCUCACCCCCUCUGGGAGUGACUGCACAAGAAGUGGUAUGUAAAAGCCUUAAAAUAACAGAGAAGUAGCUUGAACUAAUUUCAAUAAAAUUAUUUUUGCUAAGAA